UUGAAGUUCCUUUUAUCAUCUAUCAGUAAAAAACUUGAGAAGACAAGGAGGCGAGGUCCGAGGAGAAGGAUUCGAAUUAUAGGAGUGAUAUUUUGUGUAUCGUCCUCUUUCUCUCUCUUGUUUACAAGUUCCAAUUUCUUGAAUCAAGGAUGCCUCGCGCUUCAUCCAAAAAAACGGGCCAAUCUAAUUCUACCGCCGUUAACGCCUCCGUUGAUCUCUUUCGCUCCGCUACAAAUAAAGCUAGUUCAAAGGAACUAGAAAGAAUUGAUCAAUUGUUCUAUGCUUAUGCCAAUAAAUCAUCGGGGUUCAUCGAUCCGGAAGGUAUAGAGACAUUGUGUUCAGACAUGGAAGUGGAUCAUACAGAUGUCAGAGUACUGAUGCUUGCCUGGAAAAUGAAUGCUGAGAAACAGGGUUACUUCACUUUGGAAGAGUGGCGGAGAGGCCUUAAAGCUCUGAGGGUUGAUACGAUUGCAAAAUUAAAGAAGACACUCCCUGAGCUUGAAAAAGAGGUUAGAAGGACGUCAAAUUUUGUGGACUUCUAUCAGUACGCAUUCCAUUAUUGUCUUACAGAGGAGAAACAGAAGAGUAUAGAUAUUGAAAGCAUCUGUCAAUUGUUGGAUCUUGUAUUAGGAUCCCAAUUUCGAGCCCAAGUUGACUAUUUCAUCGAAUAUCUGAAAGAUCAGACCGAUUACAAGGUCAUAAACAUGGACCAGUGGAUGGGAUUUUACCGGUUCUGCAAUGAGAUAAGUUUCCCAGACUUCAGCAAUUAUGAUCCAGACCUUGCUUGGCCUUUGAUCCUGGACAACUUUGUUGAUUGGAUGAAAGCAAAGCAAACCUAAAUCAAUGUCUCUCAUCAAAUGUCACUGCUGUCAGAGUCAACUGUUAUCCUCUCAUGGAGGUAUCCUAAGACAACCGUGGUAGUUGGUAAAAAUUCUUGAUCUUAUACUUGUAUGUGGAGUUGCCGGAAUUCGUUAUGGUACCAUUUUUAGACCACAGUAAUAGAUGGUUUAUCAUUGUUCCAUUUGUUAACUAACUCUUGUGAAGUUGUAUUUGCUGAAUAAUUUUUUCUCAGUAGUUAUUUCAUUUAUAGUGCUUUGGUUCUUAAUUAUAUGUUUCAAACCCAUUUUUCUUAAUACAGUUGUUAAUAGGGUGAUGUCCACUGCGCUGGACUGCUGGUAGUUGCAGUUUGAAUUGUCUUUACAUAAUUGCGUAUGGCAAUACUAAUCUUGAUACAUAAUUAUGGGUUGAAA